GUAUCCGACAUGAACCGUCUCGCUCAACCAGCUACCCGCUCGGUCGUCAAGACCUUCCAACGCAAAUCCUCAGGAUCAUUUUACGGAUCCAACAAUGUCGAAGGAUUCAAAGAGUCAUAUGUCACUCCACUCAAGCAAGCUCACAAUGCUAGCGAGACCUGGAAGAAAAUCUUCUUCAUUGCUUCGAUUCCAUGCUUGGCUCUUACCAUGUAUGCCGCCUUCAAGGAUCACAAAAAACACAUGAGCCACGAACGCCCAGAGCACGUCGAGUACGCCUUCUUGAACGUUCGCAACAAGCCAUUCCCAUGGUCCGAUGGAAAUCACUCAUUGUUCCACAACAAGGCGGAGCAAUUUGUUCCAGGAGUUGGAUUCGAGGCUGACCGUGAGAAGCACUAAACAAUGCUGGACGAUACAAUUAAUCAUCAUAUUUAACGUCAUCCAUUUGUGUGUGUGCUUCGAGUUGUUUAGUUUAACAAAACGAGACAUGUUUUGCGCAAGUGUAGUUUCAGAAUUGUAUAAAAAGUCGAAAAAAUU